CCCCGUGGUGCGCUGUGUCCCGGUGCUGGUGCCACCUCAAGCCACCCCGGCUGGUGCUGGGGACGUGGCCAUGGCAGUGCCAGGCUGGCCCUGAAGCACCCGCUGGGGACACUGCCACUGUCACCAGUCCCCACCUGCAUCCUUCUCAGUGCCCAGUGCUGCGGCGCCGGGUGCUUCGGGGCUCAACCUGGCACGGCUCAGCACGGCGCGUGGCAGGGGGGCCGCACGGCACGGAGCCGAGCACGGUGCUGGCAGCGCUCCCGUCCCGCCCGGCCCCAGGGUGCCUGGCGAGCUUUCCGCGCUACCCCCCGGCACUAAUUGUUUUCCCCGGUGUGGGGAGACAGGUCGGGACACAUGUGCUGCAUCCGCCACAGCGCCAAGCGCCGGGGCCGUGCUCAUGCCUCGUAUCGCUGCGAUCUUGUCCCGCGUCCAGCGCUUUCUUCCCUCCUCAUCCCUCCUCGCCUUGGCACGGGGACAGAUCCUGUUGCCUCCCUUCCCGCAGCGGCCCGGGGGCGGAGGAGGUGGCGGGGGGCCAAGGUCUGCUUUGACAUGCUCGCACCACCCGCGCCCCGGGAAGGGUGGGGAGGAAGCGGGGGCCACGGGCCCCCCCACGGCAGAGCCCCAGCGGACCCUCCUGGGGUCCCCAAGCCACCGCUCCCGUCCCUAGGCUGUCCCUGCACCGGUGGCUUCAUCCCUGCCAGCGGUGUGGUGUGCAAUGCCCACAUGCCCAGGCUGCAGCUCGUGGCUCUUGGUGUCACCCAUGGGAUGUGGGACGUGCCCAUGGCCCCGUGCCACCGCAGGCAGGGCCCCGCGGUGCCGUGUCCCCUCACGGCGGUGGCAGCACGGGGCCCCCAGGCGCAGGGCACGGCCGCGUCCCUGGCGCAGCCUCCCACCGCCGCCUGCCCAGGCGUCCGUCCCCGAGCACGGCGCGGCCCCGGGGAUGGAGGGAGGACGCCGGGGUGGCCAGGGCACGGCCGCAGCCGCCGGGGCCGCCUGUUUACAUGCCUGGGGAUCAUGGCCUGUCUUGCUCAGGUGCCUUGAAAGCCGCCGUCGCCGGGGCUCUAAGUACUAACGCUCGCGAAGGCAUCCAUACAUCUGCUCCGGGCUGCAGUGAAUCAUCCUGCAGCAAUGCCCGUGGCCGAGCCAGCCCGGCUGGACCCGAGCUGGGGGGGGGACACAGCAGGGUCGGGGCGCUGGUGACAGGGCGGCCUGGCUGAGCCAGGCUGUGGAGUGGGCGCAAACCGGAGGGCAGCGUGUGGGCACCGGCACUGGGACAGAGGCUCCUGUGCCGGGAAGAGGUGGGGACGGGGCAGUUCCUCUCCCGGGGGACACCAGGGCCUGAGCCAGUGGCACCCACGGGUGCACGCAGCCACAGUUUGCCCUGGGUGUUGGGGGCUCUUGGUGGUGUGCUCGGGCCCGCUCCCCUUUUCGGGAAGCGCUGAGCUUCACUUCCACAGCCGCCGUGUUUCACUUCCACACCGAGCGCCCCAAUCACCCACGCAGGGCCCCGAGGCGAGGAGGAGGAGGAGGAGGAGCGGAGGAGGAGCCGUGGGCUGCAGCCUCCCUCCUGCCUUGCACCCCAGGAGCCAUUUGGCCCCAGUGACCAGCUCGUGGUGCAGCGGCACGGCCGGAGCCGAGGGAGCAGCCUGGAGCCCCAGGAGAGCAGCAUGGAGGCGCCGGCCAUGCUCGAGGAGCUGCCCCCCGGCGCUGCGCCCGGCAAGGGGACGCAUGAGCUCUUCGGCUACGUGGGGAUCGAAGCCGUGCUCGACCAGAUGAGGGUCAAGACCAUGAAGACGGGCUUCGAGUUCAACAUCAUGGUCGUCGGGCAGAGCGGGCUGGGGAAGUCCACGAUGGUGAACACCCUCUUCAAGUCCAAAGUGAGCCGCAAAGCCUCGCAGCCCGGCCAGGAGGAGCGCAUCCCAAAGACAGUGCAGCUGCAGUCGGUCACCCAUGUCAUCGAAGAGAAGGGUGUGAAGAUGAAGCUGACGGUGACAGACACGCCGGGAUUCGGGGACCAGAUCAACAAUGAGAACUGCUGGGACCCCAUCAUCAAGUACAUCAACGAGCAGUACGAGAGGUACCUGCACGAGGAGAUCCUCAUCACCCGUAAGAGGAAGAUUCCGGACACCAGGGUCCAUGGCUGCGUGUACUUUGUCCCCCCCACGGGACACUGGCUGAGGCCCCUCGACCUGGAGUUCAUGCGGAGGCUCAGCAAGAUCGUCAACGUGGUGCCGGUGAUCGCCAAAGCCGACACGCUCACCCUGGAGGAGCGGGCAGAGUUCAAGCAACGGAUCCAGCAGGACCUGAAGGCCCACGCCAUCAGCGUGUACCCGCAGGAGGACUUCGACGAGGACCCGGAUGACAGGUUGCUCAACAACGUGAUUCGGGAGAAGAUCCCGUUCGCCGUGGUGGGGGCAGACCAGGAGCACCAGGUGAACGGCAGGCGGGUGCUGGGCCGCAAGACCAAGUGGGGCAUUAUCGAAGUGGAGAACCCGAUGCACUGCGAAUUCCCCAUGCUGCAGGACCUGCUCAUCCGGUCCCACCUGCAGGAUCUCAAGGACAUCACCCACAACGUGCAUUACGAGAGCUACCGCGUGCGGCGGCUGAAUGAGAGCAACCGGGUGGCGCUGAGCCCCGCCAACGGGCUGCCGGGCAAGGACGAGGACGACAGCAACCUCUGAGCCCUGGGACCCCGGCCCCCGUGGCGGUGACCGUCACCUGCCCCACCAGUGACUGUGCUGCCCCGCGCCACCUCUGCCAGCUGGGGACGGACCCACGCCCCCCAGCAUCACCUUCCCCUGUCCCCGGACACCUCGGCAGGUGCAGGGGAACGCCGCGCACCCCCCCCGGCCCACGCUGGUUCAAGGAUGUGAGCAGAGGGGGCUCCCAGGGUGUCCCCGUCCCCAAGUCACCCCCAGCCUCGCCACCGGGCUUCACCAGGAUCCCCUGAAGCCUGCUUGGCAUUAAAGGUGAAGCCGGAG